AUGAAAUAUUCUCAUGGCGAAGAGGUAUUCACAAAAUCAUCAUCAUCAUCAUCAGCAGCAGCAGCAGCAGCACCUUCUAAAGAAGAAAGUGAAAAACAUGAAUCCCAUGAUCAUAGUGAGCAAACACCAUGCAGAGACGGACGUAGCUGUCGUGACAUCUCAACUGAUCACCGAAAACGGUUCUCACAUCCGUCGACUACAACAGCUAAUCGUGUAGGAAAUAAAAGUAAAACUCCAUGCAAAUUCGGCGUGAAAUGCCAUAAUUUCGACACGGACCAUCGAGCCGACUACAGUCAUCCUGACAAAUCAUAA